AUGUCUGUUGAUCUCGCUUCUCGACCACAAAGUGAGGCUAUAACUAAAAAGCAAACUGCAAAACUCACACAAGUACUAAUCAAUUUUUUUACAAAAGCAGCUCAAGUGAUACUAGACUCAAGAGCCCAUUCUGAGGCACAAUCGUUUACUGAAACACCCUUUGGUGGCAACAUUGAUCAACAAGGUCAGAGAAUCAACAAAUGGUUCAACCUUCAUAUGCUGUCCUCAUAUGGCACAACCAAGGAAGAUUUGAAAUUGUGGAAAACUGCAGACGUGGGAACCAUCCCUCCAAUGAUAAUUGAAACGUAUCUUGACUUGAGACAAUUGCCGGCAAACCAAACAUUGGUACUAUUUGAUGAGCAAAAACACCCCUGGACGGUGGCAAGUCCCAAUGGCAAAAAGCAAGAGGUUGUUUUAGAACGAUGGCUAAUUGAAUUUGAUCAAAGGAUGCCAAGUCAAGCUGCCGAUGAACUACCUUCUAUCUAUAAACAAGCAAUCGUUUUGUUUCGAACGCUAUACGGCUAUUCGAGAUUGAUGCCGGCGUACAAAUUGAAAAAGAAAAACAUGAACAAGCUAUAUUUGGGUAACAAGAUCCUUGACGGUAACCAACCUAUUAGCUCCAAAGGUAGAAUCGGCUUAUCAAAGCCUAUUAUCAACCAGUCAAAUUUGCAACAAUCACAUACUACUCAGAAAAACUUUGCCCCAAUCAACACCAGCAUGGGCGUGUUGAAGAUUUCAAUUGCUUACAGAAAUCAUUACGAUUUCUGUCUACACGAGCAUGAAGAGGUGCUAUCAGCCCAUUUUGGAAAACGCGAUGAAGACGCUAGAAAGUUGAUGUCUCUUUCACCUUCGUCGUCGUUAACCUCAUCCAAAGAUGAAAGUCCCCUGUACAACAAAGGGCAAUCAAUAUCCCCAGAAAAGGCUUUACCACGGGAGCCGUACAAAGUUGGAUCUCGUGAGAUUUCACCCACACCGGGGCCAAUUAACGCUGGCUUACAAACAGGGCAACCUACCACCGUUCAAAAUAUCCCAUCGUCCUUGGAAAGAAAAGUUUCAAUAACUAGUAAUAAGUCUAUAUCAAAUGCCUCAUUGGCGGCAUUUUUGAGAAAUCCAAGAAGUAGCACCCCAUCAUCUAAUGCUGUUCCAAUCUCAGGUAGCAAUAACAACCCUUAUGGUACGUCGAUUCCAAAAUCAGUCAGCUCAUCCACUGGUCAUGAUGAUGGACUAUUUUCCCAUCCUGAUAGCAGCAAUAACACACCACGGUUCUCCUCAUCGUUUGGGUCACGAGCCAGUCGUCGUUUCAGCAACACGAGUGUUCGUCAACAAACCCCUCUGUCAGACUAUUUUGCUCAUGGUAAUAGUGUCGAUGCAGCAUUGAGUGGUUUAUAUAUGGAUGAUGAUAUCAAUGACUUUGUACGAAUGAUAGAUAGCAAAUCGGAUUUGAAAUUAGGAAGAAGCAAUACUGACGACUCCGUGAAAACAAGACCGAUAAUGGAGUCAGCUGAUAGUGGUGAUGCAAAUGUUUUGAGAAGAUAUCAACUGUUGAAGGGAAAACAUCAACAAUUGAGCGAUAGUGUUAAUGCAAGUGUUGUCUUACAGUCAAGGCAAAGUAGUCGCAAGAGUUCACUAAAUUCACCUCCGGGAUCAUUUGAUCAAUCACAGUUGAUUGUGUCAUCAUUACAAUCGAAAUUGAGGGAGACGUCACCAAGAGCCACCAGUAUCGAGCCUAAUAGGCCCUUGAUCACUUCACGGGUCAAUUCUUCCAAUGUUGGUGCUGCCUCAACAACUGCUAGUCCACCUGGAGCCACUAUUACCAGUACUGAUACAGGUAACCAAGAACAACAACAAAGUCAUACAAGACUUUCCUCCAUCCAUUCAGUUCAAUCAAGUAAUAUUAGCAAUAGCACAACUGGGAAUGCUGCAAAUGUUUUACCCUCUAUCAAGAGUAGACCCACCACUGUUGUCACCGGCAUGGCAACAAGCCCUUCCAUCUAUGAUUAUCGAUCAUCAUUCAAAAUUGAUGAAUUAUCUAGUAACGAUGAGGACUCUGUUCAGAGAAGGAAGGUGAGCAAGAAAGAUGAUUGUGACGAAGAAGAUGAUUUGUUGUUUACCAUGAGUGAUAUGAACUCAAAAUAG